UUGGUGUUAAUUUCGUUUUGUUAUUCAGAUAUAAUUGCUGCCUUUGCCUCUUUUCCUAACACAACCUUCAUAUGGAAAUAUGAGGAUGAAAAUGAUGCUAUCCUUUUCGAAAAAUAUUCAAACAUUCAUACGAUGAAAUGGCUACCUCAAGUGGACUUACUUGCAGACAAGCGUUUGUCGCUUUUCAUCACGCAUGCUGGGAUGAAUUCAAUUUUGGAAGCGGCUUCUUAUGGCAAGCCUAUGGUAGCGAUUCCACUUUUUGUUGAUCAAAUCUUGAAUGCGAAGAAUAUGCAGAGCCGAGGAUUAGGUGUUAUGAUUGAUAAACAUGACCUCAAUAUGGAUAACCUGAUUGCGGCUAUCCGAGCUACACUUCCUGUGAAUGGCCGUUGUGCUAUCUUUGCUGUUUCUAUCUCUAGCACGUAUGCUCGUAAGGCAUCUACAAUAGCUAAAUAUCUCCUUGGACGUCCAGCUGCUGCGCGAGCGGAAAUAUCACAUUGGGUGAAGCUGGUUGCAGAAGAAGGUCAAUUAGAUCACCUUGUCAUGAAAUCUAGAGACAUGAAUUUUGUAAAGUACUACUGUUUGGAUAUUUUUGCAUACCUAGGUGUUCAAUUUCUGACUGUUUCAUAUUUUUUACACAGAGUGUUGAAAUUUCUAUUUCAUCGAGCUCAUAUAAUGGUUGUAAAGUAUAAAACUGAAUAGAU